AUGCCUGCCAGUGAUUUCAGCUGGCAGAUCACUCUAGCCCAAAAGGUCGUUGCGAUCACUGGGGUUAACCGGGGAAUUGGCCUGGGCAUUGCUGAAGUGUGUCUCGCCAAUGCUGCCAAGAUGGUCUACUCGCUGGACAUGAUGGAGCCCGUUGAAGAAUUUGAGGCCCUGAAAAAGCGAUUCUCCAAUUUUCAAUACCUUCAGACCGAUGUCAUAGAAAACGCUAUCAACAAAAUUGUGGAAGAGACUGGCCGUAUUGAUGGCUUGGUUGCCAAUCCCGGCAUGACGAAGCACCAGCGAGCCUUGAACUUCGACCGUUCUCAGCUGGACAAGCUGUUCAAUCUCAAUGUCUAUGGUGCCUACUUUUGCGCCCAGAUCGCUGCUCGCAAGUUCAUCGAACUUGGAAUCAAGGGAUCUAUUGCCGCACCCUCCGCACCUUACGGCGCUACCAAGGCAGCUGUUCGCAACAUGUGCCACACUCUCGCCAUGGAAUGUAGUCAACACGGUAUCCGCGUCAACAGUAUUUCCCCCGGUUUUGUCCGAACAGCCAUGACCUACUACGUCGAGAAAUCUCCGGAUUGGGAUCUCAAGAUGCAGUACUAUGGUGGUAUGCCUCGUUUGGCCGACCCUCGAGAGCUCGGCGGUGCCUACGUCUACCUGUUGAGCGAUGCCAGUUCAUAUACCACGGGUAUUGACAUUCCGAUUGCGGGUAUCGUGGGUGCGUGGUAA